UCACAUUAUGAUGAUGCCAUUCAACCAUUUUUGAAAGAGGAAGAACCUUGUUACUUGUUUUAUCGAUUGGAUUCCAAAAACAACCAGGGAUAUGAGUGGUUGUUUAUUUCUUAUUCCCCUGAUUUUGCCAAGGUAUGUUAUGUGUACAUGUAUGACAGUGAUAUUUCAGGGGAUAGUUUGUUAGAUCAAAAUAACAUUUUGGUGAAGUUAUUGGACUAUACUGUACCCCGCUGUCCUUUUUUAUCCCUUGGAUCACAUGUAAUGCAUUUCUCCCCCAUUUUCCAAGGCUAUCCACUUUAAUUAUGCUGUAAUUAAUAUUUCUCUCUGGUUAAAACAUUUUCAAAGCAGUCUGAUUUUUGUUUCCCUUGGUUGUAGAUUAUGUUACAAUGUACAUAAUGUAUCUCAGACAAAAGAAAUGCAAUAAAAUGAUAAGUACUAAUAAUAUUGUUAUUAGAUUGAAAAUUUUCAAAUCAAAGAAAGAUUUGAACCUCAUCAUUCAUAUAAGAACCAUAAAAUUCUGGUUGUAAGGCUUGCCCAGGGCUGACAUUGUUAUAAACAUUUUAAAGGCCUUUCUGCAGGGCUUUAAUUUUCAGAGGAGGGGUUGGAGGGGGUUAGAGUUAGAGGGGUUAAUUUUUUGUAUUUGGAUGGAACUUUGUAUUAGCGCCUUUUCAAUUGCAAAUUAUAGGUCAUUACCCCCCGGUAACUAAAAAGUCAUCCACCAUGCAGUAGCCUAAAGUUGAAGAAAUGUUGUACUUGUAAAAGUUGUUUAGAUAGUCAGGGUUGUUACAAGUUAGUGUUUUGUGCUCUUCAGCCUCAGCGAAAGAUGUUGUUUGCUGGCACAAAAGCAACACUUAAGAAGGAGUUUGGUGGAGGACAUAUAAAAGAUGAGAUGUUUGGUACUCUUCCGGUAUGUAAUGUGCUUGGUGACCUUUUUUAAAACUUGUGACACUCAAGAGCAGUCACCUCGUAUUUCCUUUGCCUCAAGCCAGAGUGAAACUAUAAGGAAAUAGGAGAUGUCUGUAUGCAGGCUAUUAAUUUGUAUAGCUAACUACAGUUGUUUUACUGGUACAUGUACUUCAUGCUGUUCAAUAAUGUGAACAUGUUUGUACAAUAUUUAGGGUGAUGUUUUGUUAAGUGGUUAUAAGAAGCACAAAGAUCAUGAAAGCGCCCCUCCACCACUCACAGAUCAGGAACUGGAAUUAGAAUUGGUCAAACAACAGGAGGUUAGAAAGAGGAUAUCAUUUUUACUUAAAGCUGUUACAAUGUAUUGUUUAAAAAGCAGGACUGAAAAAACUUACUUGAAUUUUAGCUUACUCCUUGGACUACAAGCGGCUGUCCCUUUUGGGGUCACCUCCUGCAUUUCAUUGCUCAGUAAAAAUAUCUGCCUGUCCCAAAUUUUUUGUGAGCCCAGAAAAGGUUAAAGUUCCAGAGCAAUCAUAUCAUUUAAUGUGUUUAUUUUCCCACCCUGUCAUGUAAACUACAGUGAAAUAAUUUUAUUAUUGUUAUCAUAGAUUGUGCAAAAAUGGCAGUUAAUAUCCAUCUAAGGCCUUAGUGAAAGAUAAUCAUAGUAUUUGAGCACUUUUUCCAUUCCACAAAUAGCAAUUCACUCCUACCCACUGUUAGCCAAAGGCACUUUUAGAAGUACUCUGUUGAGUGAGGAUCAUGUCCUUAAUUCUCGUGACCACCCUUGUUUUAUAAAGCACUGAUAUAAAGGGAAAAAUUGGGGACUCAAACGGGUUAAAUCUUUUUUAUACUGCCUAAACUGUAUUGCAUAACAGCUGUAUAUGUAAAUCAGAAGCAAUAUUUUUUCUCUUAAUACUAUUAAUUCACCAUGUCGAAAAGUACCCAGAAAAAAUAGGGUUUUCUAACUCUGACAUCCGUUUUAGUCCUCGGUCCCGCGUUGUUUUCUUCCUGUGAUGAAGACUUGAUUUACAUUUUGUUUCCCAGAUGCGAACAGACAUUAGUGUUGACAGCAAGCAGAGUCACAUGACUGGUGUUCAUUUCCCCGUGUCUGAUGAAGGUCUGGCCAAACUGGCAGAUCUCAAGGAACAUAAAUUAAGCCUGGUUCAAUUAGUAAGUAUAAUUAUACUGUCAUAAAUUUACAAAGUGCACCCCAUAAAAUGAAAAAAAAGUGAAAAUUGAAAAACCACUACAAGCUGUAGCUAGCACGUACUAGCCCAAGAGUCAUUUCUACUAGCCCCCCAAAAAAUUUCUCGUUGGGAUGAUGAGAUUAAAGAACCCUAUUACACUGUACACACAUACAUACAUUGCAGUUAUUUAACCUCGAAUUUAGAGUAGCUAAAGAUAAGCGAGUUACAAGUAUAGUUCUAAAUACUGCUAAAAUUUUGAAAUUACAACAUUCCAAAAUUUUAUACCAUUACAUACUGUAGAAUCUUGCACUUGAAAUCAGACAAGUUAGAAGUUGUAAAAGAAUCUGGAACAUCUAACUUUUGUGAGACCCUCAUAGAGUUAAAAUUCCGCCCGCGAGAGUUCAUGAUAGACUAUACGCUGUGCAUCGUUACCGUAAAUCUUCUAUUAAGUCCCCCCUCUCUUAUAAGCCCCCCUCCCUCUAAUUAGCCCCCCCCCCUAUUCAGGGGGAGAAAGUGAAUAAGCCCCCCUCUCUUUUAAGUCUCCUCCCUCCCCCUAAUUAUUCUUCACUAAUAAAUGAUAGACUGUAUUAAUCAAUCACGACCGUACAACUUCGUGUGGACUGAUACGGGAUGGUUUAGUUUGACUUUGAUUCUGAUCCUCGGCUGCUUGACCUGAAACUUCUUGUACUUGAGCUUUUCCACGUUGUAUUCUAGUUCUUUAUAAAGAACUGAUACCAUCGGCGUUUCUAAAUAAUUAAAGAAGCCCCCCGUCUCUUUUAAGCCCCCCCCCCUCCCUCAAAGGGCUUGAAAUAAAUAAGACUCUCCACCCUGGGGGGGGGGGGCUUAAUAUAGGAUUUACGGUAUAUCAUGUUCUGUGAAUAAUCAUGGAUUCUCACCAUCGGCGUUUCUAAAUAAUUAAAGAAGCCCCCCCUCUCCUUUAAGCCCCCCCGCCCCCCCUCAAAGGGCUUGAAAUAAAUAAGACUCCCCACCCUGGGGGGGGGGCUUAAUAUAGGAUUUACGGUAUAUCACGUUCUAAGAAUAAUCAUGGAUUCUCUCCCAUGAUAAAGGAACUUAACAUACAAGAUGAAACAAUAGUUUUGGCGGACGCAAAGGAGGAUGUUGCCGCAAGUGAUUUGUCCAAGCAUGUUCCCGAUGACAAAGGAAGAUAUAUAUUCUACCUAUUUAAACAUACUUUCGAGGGAGACUACCUGGAAUCUAUAGGUAUGAGGAAACUAUUCAGUUCAUAUCAUAAACAAGUGGUAAAUCUUUAAAAAUGAUAGAUAACAACAAUUGGUUGAACAGAGCGAAAAGUGUUAGUAACGCGCAUGAAGAGAAUACAUGUUAGCAGUUCUCUAAAUACUUGUUUCUUUUGAAUAAGAAAUAGAAGUUAGGCAAAAUCAUUUUAGGUACACUUCUUCAAAUUCACCACGUUAGAAACGUGAAGACUUCUGGGAUUGCUUCUAAAGAAAAGGAAAAAGGAGCGUAUUUCGCCCCCAGUUUUCCCUCUCGUUUCUAAAGAAGCGACUUGAACGAACCGUUAUUUUUGAUGUUUUUACUAUUAUCCAAAUGGUGGCAUAAAUUAGUAAAAUACCACCGGUAAUGAUCUUCAUUCAUUGCAUUUAUUCAUUUUAUUCAUAAAUUCAAACAUACAUCAAUGAAAAUGAACGCUGUAACCGCAUGUAGCGAGAGCUAAUCGAGUCGUUAGUCUCCUUGGCAGCCGGGCGUUCGGGCCGGAGUCACGCAAUGCGCCUGCCGGCUUGCGUGACUCCAGCCCGAGCAGCUGCGAAGUCGAGGAGUGUUUACAACAAACCAAGUUAUGCUAAAUGCAGAAAAAAAAAGUUAUACUAAAUGCAAAUACUACAAAUAAAAUUUGCUAUAAGAAAAAAGUUGAAAUAAUCCACUACUAGAGUUGGUAAAACGACGAAGACAGAUGAAAGAAGAGUUGAAAUAAGUAAGAGCUGAUUCGAUUCGAGGGAUUCGAGUCGAUUCGAAGUGUUUAACCUGCUGCCAUGGUGGUCUCUUACCGCUGACCACAAGCUGCUCCGCCAUCGACAUGAUUGUGUUGUCUUGCAGUGUUCGUAUACUCAAUGCCUGGAUACAAGUGUUCCAUCAAAGAUCGUAUGUUAUAUUCCACAUGCAAAGGACCGUUACUGGAUGUGGCUACUGACAGAGUUGGGCUAGAAAUCGCAAGAAAGGUAAAUAUUGAGGUUUCUUCGAUCCUAGUUUCACGAUGA